AUGACUCGUAGCAAGGAUUCCGUUUUUUCUUACCAACAGCGCCAUGAAAGACAUGUAGCCAGAAAUGGCCAAAGCGAAUUGCGUUAUGGCGUAAAGAAAAUGGGCGCUGGUGCUGGUAACUGGGGUGUCUUGGGUGAUGAAUUGCCUGAUGUUCAAGAGAUUGUUCGUGCCGAGAUUGAAAGUAAUAGCUUGCCAGGAAAUCAUCAUCAAAACGGUACAAAGCUUAAUCUGGUUGAUUCAGAGACAUUUGAAUAUAUGCGCUCAACUGAACAAGCUUCCUAA